AUGUCUAAUGUUAUCCCACUUUCUUGCAAAUUAUUUAUCGUCGUUAUCGCAAUAAAACUAUGCACUUCGGCAGCGCACAACGUUGUCGAUUUCGGGGCGAGAGGCGACGGGAAAACGGACUCGACAUCGUCGUUUCUCAAGGCAUGGAACGCGGCAUGCAACUCGGAUGUACCAACCGCUUCAAUGGUUGUUCCGAAUGGAACGUUCUUGGUGAAAUCGGUAACUUUCACGGGUCCAUGCAAGAGUGAUAUCAAGCUCUUAAUACACGGAACUUUAAUCGCUCCAAAUAACUAUCGAUUUCUUGGCUCAAACGAGUCUUGGAUUAUGUUCUAUAGUGUUAGUAGGUUGUCCAUCGUUGGUGGUACCCUUAAUGCAAAGGGUUCUAGUUUGUGGUCUUGUAAGAGCGUAGGAAAUCAUUGUCCGUUCGGAGCAAGGGUACGUUGGUCAUUUCACAUUUCACAUUUUAUCGUAUAUGUUUUCAUUUUUUUCAAAAUUACCGUCAAUACACCUUAUAGAAAUUUAAUUCUUGCAUGCAACGAUUUUUUGCAGUCGUUGUCGUUCCAAUCGUGCAACAAGGUGCUAGUUAGUGGGUUGAAAUCUUUCAACAGCCAAAGAGUUCAUAUUUCUAUCAACGGAUGUUCGAAUAUGAUUUUACAAAGAAUGAAAAUUAUUGCUCCAAGUCGAAGCCCUAACACGGAUGGAAUCCACAUUGGAUCCUCGAGGAAUAUUACAAUUACCAAUAGCAAUAUUGGGACAGGAGACGACUGCAUAUCCAUCGGGCAGGGAUCCAUGAAGAUGCGGAUCGAUCGAAUCGUAUGUGGUCCCGGACAUGGCAUCAGGUAUGUAUAUAUGGUAACGACAUGCAUGUAUACGCUCCGUUAUGCAAUAUACACGCAAAAAUACUACGACAAUUAUUUUAACGAUCUUGACUUGUUCUGUUUCGAAAAAAACAGCAUAGGAAGUCUCGGUAGCAGUGCAAUAGAAAAUGGAGUUGACGGUGUAAUUGUCACUAAUUCGAUCUUCACACAGACACAAAACGGCGUUAGGGUUAAGUCAUGGCCGAAGGCAAGCGAUGGUUACGCCAAGAAUCUUGUAUUCAAGAAUCUUACCAUGAGGAAUGUCGCGAAUCCCAUAAUCAUCGAUCAAGACUAUUGCCCGACUAAGUCUUGUACUAAUUCUAAGGUAACAUACAUUACAUACUCAAUUACUUUACGAAACCUUUUCCGUCAAGUUUCUAUUAAAAGUAACGGAAUCAAGCAUGUUCUCACCACUACUUACGAUAAACUGACGGAGAGGACCAAAACUGUUAAAUUAUUGAAACAUGAGGGACCAAAUGCGUUAUAUUUCAAUUAUUGCAUGCAGAAUUCCGGGGUGAAAGUGAGCCAAGUGAGAUUCGAACAAAUAAAGGGAACGUCGUUGACGCAGAAAGCAAUAACGUUGCGUUGCAGUUCGACUAAUCCUUGUCAAGGAAUAGAACUUAAGGAUAUCGAUCUCACUUACGUAAACCAUAAUUUCAAGAAGCCUACACUCUCCGAUUGUGAAAACGCACGAGGUUUUUGUACCGGUUUCGUCUACCCGAAAAAUUGUCUGUAGCUUCGAGACUUCAUGUAGUAUUUUAAUUUUGCUCGUAUAUCGGAGAGCAUUUUUUCAAGUGGUUGAGAAUAUCGUUUG